AUGAAAACUCUGCCACUGCUAAUGUGCAUCUGUGCACUAACUGUUUGCUUCUCACUCAGUGAAGGUCAUAGAAGGCAUGUGGAACAACAUCAACAAAGAGUUGGUCACAAAUCACCAUCUCUUCACAGAUACCCAUCUCGCCGGUAUCCAUCACUUCAAAGGCCUACCCAUCCUAGAAGACCCAGGCCUCCACCUCCCAGACCACCUCACCCUCCAAUUAAAAAUGACACCAGGGUCAACAACACCACAGAGGCUACCACCCAAGUCCCAUCUCUGAAUUAUACAUUUUCCACUGCACACCCAACUGUACCUGCUCAAAAUCCUACCAUCAUACCUACAAUAAAAAAAAAUUCUACCACUUCCGUAACAAAUCCUCCAACUACAUCCAAAACACCUUCCCCAACCACAUCAGCACCACAACCUUCCACACCCUUACGUGAAAACACACCUCCACCUAACACCACACCUAGUCCUUCCCCAACCACUCUUGCACCUGAAACUACAGCUGUACCCACAACCCAGAGUAGUAUUUCAACCACUACUCAAAUUACUACUGCUGAACAACCAACCACAUCUUCCAAUACCAGCCAAGAUGACAUUAGGCAAUUUAUUUUAAGGCUUAGAGAAUUCUUUAAGGCAUUUUUUAAAUAAUAUACAUGGUAUUCUGUCAUUUAUUAGAUAUGAGAUGUGAUUUAUGAAUGCAGAACUGUCACUUUUACUGUCACUGCCAAUCCAAAAGUGAAAUCAUAGCAUUACUCAAAUUUAAAGCACCAUCACUAAUCUUUGAGUCUUUCACUAUUCACUCCACACAAUCUAAUAACAAGAUGAAGCACCUAUAUCUCACAAACCAGGUGCAUGUCCGUUAUUCAAAAUCACUAUGUGAAACCUAC